CAGUGUACAAGAGGAUAUGAUGGAAUUCAAGCUGUCGUAUGAGCUGUGGCGAGUUGGCCACUGGGCUGUCAGCGUCCCUUGUGUGGAGAGGGAAAACGACGAACUGUGUUUUACAGUUCACCUGGAGGAGAGGGACAACCCUGAAAACCUUCACUGGAACGUGAGGAAGACCCAAACAGACAUCAUCCACUUCCGCAACCUAUGGCAGGACUCUGCUACUUUACCCUCCCUAUCCAUGUUAGAGGAGAGCAUCAAUGAGGAUUUUAAAGAAGCCAAAAAGUCCAUCAAGCUCUUCUUACAGGAGCUGGUGUCUGAUGUUCUAGUGGGCCACACUCAGCCAGUGUUUCAGUUUCUGUGUCCUCUGGACAAGCUGCUGGUUGAAGAGGAUCAUGUGGGGGAAGUGUGGGGCCUCUUCAGUGGCCUGGCCUACUUCCUGACUCCGGGCCAAGAGGAAGAUGAGGACAAGCACAACAGCCUUGGAAGAGGGACCAAACCAGAUGAUUCCAACACAACGGAGGCUGCAGACCCAACUGCAACUGAGAACCUGGAUGGCGAUACAAGGGAUGACCUGGCACGGGGCCCAUGUAUCAUCAUCUCCCAAUGUGAUGAGGAUUCUCCUUCAGAACCCAGUUCCAUUGAGUGCUGCAGAGAUGACGAGACUGAACCAAUAGAGAAAUCUGACAUUUUGGUUAAUGCAGACAAAACCGAGGAAUCUGAGAACCCCGUAACUCACCUAAAGAUGGCAAUCAAAGGGCUAUCUAGAUCAGAGGAGUGUCUGGCCCAAACGAAAUCAGACACCCCUGAAGACCAGACUGACUCUUUCUGUAGACUGCGACGUUCCAGUGAAAAUGGAGGCUCGCAAUUUGACCUCGCUGACAGUCCAUCACAUCCUUUCGGUGGAAAGUCGAAUGAUGGAAAGUCGAAUAAAAAGGAGAAACUCACUUUCAAAAUGUCAGGAGGGAUCCCCAGGAGUAAAGGAAAUGAAAUGGGGAGUCAGCCAAAAAUAGAACACUCACCGUGUUUGAAAAAGGAACAAUCCAGCUGGGAGCAAAUGGAAGCAACCAAAGCCCUUUUUGAUUUGUUGAAAGCAAUAUCUGGUUAGUUCUA